UGAAUUUAUUGGGAGGCUGUGCGAUCAGCGUCAAUCCAAAUGAGAUUCGAAUUUAGAGCGAACACGUUGGACGACUAGCUAAACUUUGUGCCGAUGUUGACGACGAUGACCAAAUGCAACAGCCCUUCCGCCGAGCCCACGUCUACAUCACCCUGCUGUUGAUAACAGAGGCUUUGAUCGGUGUGUUUAUCCUGGCGGCGACUGGCUAUUACCACAAGCUGUUAACGGGCUACUUGUCGGGGAUCGAGUGCCGUCUGGUCUACGGCUACCUGUUUGUGUACAUGUUCGGUGCCCAGUUGGCGGUGAUCUUCUGCAGCAUUCUGAUGUGGCGGCGACUAUGGAAGCGCCGCUGCACGCCCAAUCGCCUGCUCUUGGAUGUAUGGCUCUUCUACUCGUGCGUUAUCAUUGCAGCGGGUUGGUGCGUAUGGAUCAUUUACCGGGGCGUUGAUGUGCUGGAGAAUGCAGCAGAGACGGCUCUUGCUCGGGGAAUAGAUAUGUACUACUCGUCUCCGGAGUGGAAGCUCCUUUGGGAUGGCUUGCAAUGGGACAAGGAGUGCUGCGGCGUUCAUACCUAUAGGGAUUGGGCGAACGCAGAUUGGAUGCCGCGACGGGAUGCAAACAGUUCGUUUUCGAUCCUGGCACCCUAUACAUGCUGCAAGCGAUCCUGCGAGAACUGCUUUAACUACGUACCGGGUAAGGGUCACACCUUCGUCACCGGCCGGCAAAAGCAAUUGACUGUGGACUCUAUCAAUAUGAAUGGGUGUCUGCCGGUGUUUGGACGGGCGGUGUGGAGUUACUUGUAUAUCCUGCUGGGAUUCUGGGUUUUGGCUUUAAAGUUUCUGAUCACACUUUGCUGUUUGACCAAGUACAUACUCACACGGCAGAAUAUGGGCGAUGGCUGCUAUAACAGUGGUCUUACCGAUGAUGAUGGAUAUCCGCUGUCGUAGUGGUUGAAAUAUCCUCCCAAUGUGCGCUGUGUGACAAUUAGCGAGGAAGAUCUCGCCUCCGAUAAUGGCCCAGAUGUGAAGUAUUGCAAUUGCAGCGAAAUGGACGAUGAACAAUGUGGUUAUUAAGCUGUUCUUAUAUUAAUUUCGUUAUUAUUUAUAUUUUUUAUAUUAAUUUCGAUUCCUCCAACCACGUGCGAAUCUUGUUAAGAAAAUGAUGGGGUUACACUGGCAACGUUUAUGCGUUUAAAUAAUUUUGAGAUC